AUGGGCAAAAAGAUCAGCUCUGUCCUGGACCCUAACCCUCACAGCAGCUCUGUCCUGGACCCUAACCCUCACAGCAGCUCUGUCCUGGACCCUAACCCUCACAGCAGCUCUGUCCUGGACCCUAACCCUCACAGCAGCUCUGUCCUGGAUCCUAACCCUCACAGCAGCUCUGUCCUGGAUCCUAACCCUCACAGCAGCUCUGUCCUGGACCCUAACCCUCACAGCAGCUCUGUCCUGGACCCUAACCCUCACAGCAGCUCUGUCCUGGAUCCUAACCCUCACAGCAGCUCUGUCCUGGAUCCUAACCCUCACAGCAACUCUGUCCUGGACCCUAACCCUCACAGCAGCUCUGUCCUGGAUCCUAACCCUCACAGCAGCUCUGUCCUGGACCCUAACCCUCACAGCAGCUCUGUCCUGGAUCCUAACCCUCACAGCAGCUCUGUCCUGGAUCCUAACCCUCACAGCAGCUCUGUCCUGGACCCUAACCCUCACAGCAGCUCUGUCCUGGACCCUAACCCUCACAGCAGCUCUGUCCUGGAUCCUAACCCUCACAGCAGCUCUGUCCUGGAUCCUAACCCUCACAGCAGCUCUGUCCUGGACCCUAACCCUCACAGCAGCUCUGUCCUGGAUCACUUUGCUCCUACAUCUCUGUGA